CUGUUGACAAGUUGACAUUGAGAGAAGGACAGAAGGAAGGACGGGGUCUGCUCCGGCCUGGACCUCUCUAGUCCUCUUUACCCUUCACUGACCUGCACCACUUGCUUGACCUGCCUGUUGCCUGCCUCACCUGCCAUGACCACCCUCCACGUCCCCACCUACAAUCAGACGCGAGAGAGGCAGCGGUCAGCCAGCGGGUGUACUGACACAGAUGCCGAUGUCCACCUGCGAGUCAUCUGUUAUGACGAGACCGUGCGCAAGCUAGACCACUACUAUGGCAUUGUCAAGAGGCAGCUGCUGCAGAACCAGAGCAUCAGCCUGGGCAUCUUCCCCAGCACCAGCCAGGACCACCGGGUGGGCGACGUGCGCACCUCCAUAUACUGCGCUGCAUCCAUUUGGAGCCUCUUCCAGGCAUACAGACGAAUUGAUGAUGACCGGGGAAAGGCUUACGAGCUGGGCCAGUCCUGUGUCAAGUGCAUGCGGGGAAUCCUCACCUGCUGGAUGCGGCAGUGUGAGCAUGUGGAGAGCUUCAAGAAAGGACAGAACCCAAAGUUUGCCCUCCAUGCCAAGUUCCACCUUCUCACAGGCGAGGAGGUGAUCUCCAGUGAGGAGUAUGGCCACCUGCAGAUUGACAUUGUGUCCCUGUACCUGCUGUUCCUGGUGCAGAUGAUCACCUCGGGGCUGCAGAUCAUCUACACCAUGGAUGAGGUGACCUUCGUGCAGAACCUGGUGUAUUACGUGGAGCGAGCAUACCGCACACCUGACUUCGGCAUGUGGGAGCGAGGCAGCAAGUACAACAAUGGCACUCCGGAGCUGCAUGCCAGUUCCAUUGGCCUGGCCAAGGCAGCACUGGAGGCCAUCAAUGGGUGCAACCUGUUUGGAGAGAAGGGCGCCUCUUGGUCUGUCAUCUUUGUGGACAUCGACGCCCACAACAGGAACCGCAGCAUCUUUGAGACACUUCUGCCCAGGGAGUCCAGCUCAAAGAAUGUGGACGUCAGCCUGCUGUGUGCCAUCUCCUUCCCGGCCUUUGCCACACAUGACCAGAUGCUGUACUCCAAGACACGCAAUCAGAUUGUCAGCUUAUUGGAGGGUAAACACGGCUUCAAGAGGUUCCACAGAGACGGCUACGGAACCGUACUGGAGGACAAUAAGAGACGCUAUUAUCACAUUGCCGAGACAAAGGUGUUUGAAAAGAUAGAAUGCGAGUGGCCUUUGUUCUUCCUGUUCAUGAUCAUUGAGGGGAUGUUCAAGGGCAACGAGGAGCAGGUGGAGCAGUACAAGAACAAGCUGAAGCCACUGGUCAAGAGGGAUAAGUGGGGAGACCCAGUGGUGCCCAAAUACUACUACGUGCACAGGGACCAGGUGAAUCUGGAGCGUUCUGAGCCAGGAUCCCAGGGUCGCCAGCCCAGCUCUGAGGGCAACCCAAGGAACCUGUUCUUGUGGGGCCAGAGCGUGUGGAUCAUCGCCUCCCUGCUCAUGGACGGCCUCCUGCACAUCAAUGAGCUGGAUAUCAUCCGCCGCCACUUGCCAUCAUACAACCGGCCACGCAAGGGAGGUCGCUACUCCGCUUUCCAGCGUACAAGGUAUAUGAAAGAGAGCAAGAAAAACAGAGGCACAGCCAGCGACCUGGUGGUGCAGGUGGUGCUCAUCGCCGAGAGUAUGCGGCUGCAGGCAAUGAUGGCUACCUAUGGCAUCCAGACACAGACUCCACAUGAGGUUGAGCCAGUCCAGAUCUGGCCGCCCCGGGAGCUGGUGAAGGUGUACCAGAACCUUGGCGUGAGUGAGAAACUGGGCCUGCAGGGACGUCCCACUCGACCCAUCGGCGCCUUGGGAACCAGCAAGAUUUACCGAGUGUGUGGCCAGACAGUGCUGUGCUACCCGCUGGUGUUUGAGGUGAGUGACUUCUACCUCUCACAUGACAUGGCACUGCUCAUCGACGACAUCAAGUCUGAGUUGCACUUUGUUGGCAAGUACUGGCGACUGUCUGGCCGCCCCACAGUCUGCGUUCUUAUACGGGAGGAACACAUGAGGGACAUACAUUUCCGUGAGCUGUUGGACUUGCUAGCGCAGCUCAAGACGGGCUACUGUGAUGGCCUGAAGGUGCGCACUGGCCGUCUGCAAAACCUCAUCUCCUCCUCCUGCAUAGAGCACCUUGACUUCAUGAGUGCCCUGGACAUCGACCUGGACAUCAAGCCGUUUGAGCAGCUGCAGCAUGCCAGUAUUGGCUACCAGUCCCUUACUGACGUGCCGCGUGCCAUCACCUACUCUGAAGACUCCAUGAGCUUCAAGGACAUGGAGCUGCAGCCAACACACGAGGUGAUCAAUGUGCUGCGGUCAGUCUCCACACUGCAUGGUCAGACUCAGCUGCUGGGCAUCCUGCUGCGCCGCGAGGGACCAGACUUCCAAAUAGAUGGCCAUCCAGUGGGAGAGCGGGUUCUUGCCCUGCUGAGCCAGGCCUCCUCGCUCCGUUACUGGCGCACGGUGCGGGAAUGCACUGCUCUGCUCUCCAAGGAGGUGGAGUCUAUCUCACCUUACAUCACCACUGUCUUGGUGUCUGGAAAACAGCUGACAGUAGGGUACGGCAAGGAUGAGGUGCUGCUGGACCGUCCAGUACAGCCAGGGGGCAUUCAUGACCUCUUCUACAAUGCCUCCCUUCAGACUCACAAUGUUGUGCAGGCAGUGUUGCAGCAAGAGGUAGUGCUGUACUGUGGGAAGCUCAUCGCCACACACACUCACCUCUUCAAUGGCAUCCUCAACAUCAGGGUUGGGUGGGUGAUCAAGGCCAUGACGUACUACCUGCAUGACGUGUGCCACAGCAAGGAGACGGUGGAGGGCCUGGCACCCAGUGAGGUGCGGCGCCUGCUGGUGAAGGUGCUGUCACUGGAUGAGUGGGCGCAGCAGGAAAAACAAGCGAAGAUGUCUUGUGGCUGCCUGUGGGGAAGCGAGGGGCUGCGUGGACAGUGCCAGUCACCCACCCAGCGGUUCCCAAAUAAUCAGGCAAAAUGGGGUUCAUCAAUGACAACGGCUCUCCAUCGACGCCGGGAAGUACGGCUUACACCGCAGCAGAUCCGAGUGAUUGAUGGCUGCCUUGGACGAACGCCGAAGAGAUUUUACGAAAAGGUGUUUAAUAUCCUGAGGAAGACGCCUCUGGGAGUGCGUCUGUGUGAUCAGCUCCUGCCCCAGCACCCCACCAUCUCAGAAAUGUCCUCUGGGGAGCUCAACUUUGCCCUCACAGUCCAGUCUCUCCUCAACCACAUCCAGCACCCUGAGUACCGGCAGAUUGUGGUCGAGCUGUUCUCUGUGGUGGCAACGAUUCUGGAAAGGAAUCCUGAGCUCAAAUUCCUGCAUGUGUUGAAUCUGGAUCAGAUCUUCAAGGACGCCUUCAAGAUGUUCCUCAAGGACCACGGGCGGGAGUGGACAGAUGAUGCAUCGACCUUCUACAACGCCUCCCACGUGGUGGUGAGCAGCUACCUGGCUCGUGCCGUGGUUAACUUCAUGCUGACGGGUGACAUGCGCAGUGAGAUAGAGGAGGGCCUCACCUGCAAGGUGUCUUAGGUUUGCUCCUUCACUGGUGUUGUCUUCACAUGUCUUACUUUAGCCUCCCCCAGUUGCUUAUUGACACGUUCUAUUUUGUAUACAAAGUCAAAUCAAAUUUCUUCAUGGGAAUCAUGCCUGAGGCAAUGUUCCUUAAAUACCAAACAGGUUGUGAAAUUAACAAUGUAUUGGAAUAUUCCACAAGCAUGACUUGUAGGAAUGAGUGCAGUGCUAGUGAGCAAACAAAUUCUCAAUCUCUCUAUAUCUGAAUCAAGAGGGGGUAGCCAAGACAAGACUUGAUGCCUUGUUACCUCAUAGGAGUAAAGAUACAGAGGAGGGGCCCCUUGUCCCCUUGCUCCGUCCCUUUUUGUUGCCUUGUAUGAUAAGCGGGGAGUGCAGUGGCGGCAUUCUUCCAGCAGACCACUGUGGUGCAGCUGGACUGUGUUCUCCUCCACAAGGGAAAUUAAUUACCUACCUAAAAUUAUUUGAACCCCAUAAUUUUUCUCUUGUGUUCAUAUUGUUGUUUCAUGAAUUUUGUUUGUAGAUAGUAUCCAUAGGUUGUAGUUCAUACUUGUAAAUAUUUUGUAGUUAUUUAUUGAUACAUAGUUCUUGACUAUGUAAUUAUUACAAACAUAUCCUAUGCACUAUCCAUUUUGUCCAUUAGUAAUGCAGAUUAUAAAAGAUGAAAUUUCAUCAAACACAUUAAUGGUAAUCAGUUGUAUUCUCUUAAGUUUGUAUCUUCAGCUUAAAUAAGACACUUUAUUGUACUUGUUGCAAUAAUACUUGUUUACUAGACCCUCACUCAUUUUGCUGCUUGGUUACCCACUCUGAUUUGUUUACAGGCAAUGGUUAUACAGCACAAGUUUCAUCAGUAUCCAGACAUAGUUUGUUGUAGGGAACGAUUAUAGUUUUUGAGAUGCAGGGAUGUGACAAGCCUGAGUUGAGUCCUUUGCAUAGAGUGUUAUGAUAUGAGUGCUCUAGUCUAGUCAGUGUGAGACUUUGGGUCAUCCGCUUCACAUCUUUCCUCAUAUAUUUUGUUUUUGGUUUUUGUUGCAAGUGCCAAAAGUUGUUAAGAGAUUUUAAGAUAAAUAUAAGUUUUUUGUUUGAAAACCAUGGACUGUGUGGUUCAUUAAAAUUACAAAGCUAUGUAUUG